AUGUCUCAAUGUUGUUUCGAUGAUUUGUCCACUGAAUUAUUAAUUUACAUUUUCAAUUUUUUGGAUGUACGAGACUUGAGUCGAUUAAGACUGAUUUGUAGGAGAUUCCGAGAUGUAAUCAAUGCUUGGGAUAGUGUACUAAUUAAAACCACGACAGUAGUAACCAACCAAAAUAGUGACAAAUUUUUAGCCAGAUGUUUCACCAAGAUACCAACAAAAUUAGAAAAGUUAAGGCUGCAAAACAAUUGGAAAUAUGGCAUGUAUAACGAAAAGAAUCUUUUCUAUGUUAGAAAAAGAUACAUGCCAUGGCUAAAAUUAGACAAAGAUUACCUGUGGUUCAGCCGAGGUUCGAAAAUUUUUAAUUACAAGCGAGACAGAGAAUGUAUAAUCAAUUCUAAGCCUAAUUAUGUUUUAACGCCUCAAUAUCGUCAUAGCUGUGUUAAUGUAGGAUUUUCGUCUAUUGAUGUUACUAAAUUUACUGUUCAAGAUGAUAUUUUGGUAGGCGGACUCAGUGAUGGAGGAGUUUACGUUCAAAAUCUCAUCAACAAAAAUGAUUUCUAUAUCGAUAAAGACGAACAUACAUUCACUUGUUCGGUUGAUAUUUCUCCUGAUGGACUGGUAGUAGCUAGCGGAAUGAGAAAUGACUGUUUUAAAAUAUUUUCACUACAUCGAGAUCCUUUAGAAUUAACUUUAAUACAUACCCAGGAAUUAGGUCAGAGAGCUUGGUGUGUAUCAUUUUGCGAAGAACGACCCAUAUUUGCGUGUGGUACAUCUGCAGGAGGUGAUAGCAGGAAAUCAAUAUUGUUAUUUGAUACUGAUAGGUAUACAGAGAUUAUGAAUUUAAAACUCGGUCAUUUUAUAUCUGCAACUUUGGACAUCAAAUGGGAUGGCCCCAAUGGUAUAUGGUCUUGCGGUAAUGAUAGUCAUUUAAGAAGAUGGGAUUUAAGAACUGGUAACUGUGAACAAAAGUUUCACGACGCAUUUGGUGCCGGUUUAUACUGUUUAGAUUAUGACUACUGCAACAGUAUUAUGGUUGGUACGUAUCUACAUGGAAGGGUUGCUUUAUGGGAUGUACGGACUAAAAGAUGUGUACAGUUAUACUUCACGAGGUCUUGUAAAGGAACCACAUUGAAUUCGCCAGUUUACAGCCUCUCCUUCGAUUCCGAGUACUUAUUUGCUGCAGUGGAUCAAAAUUUAAAUAUUAUGGAUUUCAGCAACUACGAAUAUAGACAAAAGAGGGAUUAUGUCAAAAUACUUGAAGAGACUAAAGUGGGUUAG